ACAACCUCCCUGCAGCCACGAAAAGCAAAACCAGCGAAGACAUCGCACAGUCAUCCAAGUACAGCCCUGCCUACUCCCCAGACCCAUACUACCACUCCGAGUCAGAGUACUGGUCCUUCCAAGGCUCCCCCAAAGCUCCCCGGGCCCGGAGAUUUUCAUCAGGAGGCGAGGAGGACGGGUAUGACCGGGGCAUGCACAAGAUCCAGAGCGGCAUCGGCAGGCUGAUCCUGAGGGAGGAGAUGAAGGCUCGGUCCAACUCCUACGCAGACCCCUGGACACCCCCUCGCAGCUCGGCCAGCAGCAGAGAAGCCCUGCACACGGCUGGCUACGAGGGCUCCCUCAAUGGCUCUCCCCGGACGCACUACCUGGCUGACAGCGAUCCCCUCAUCUCUAAGUCAGCCUCCCUUCCUGCCUACAGGAGGAAUGGGCUGCACAGGCCUCCCAGUGCCGAGCUUUUCCACUAUGACAGCACGAAUGCCGUCAACUGGGGGAUGCGAGAGUACAAGAUAUACCCCUACGAGCUGCUCCUGGUGAAGACGAGGGGGAGGAACCAGCUGCCCAAAGACGUGGACAGGACUCGGUUAGAGCGUCACCUCUCCCAGGAGGAGUUCUACCAGAUCUUUGGCAUGACCAUCGCCGAGUUCGACCGCCUGGCCCUGUGGAAGAGGAACGAGCUGAAGAAGCAGGCCCGUCUGUUUUAAAUGCAGUGCACUAUAAAUAUAUACAUACCUAUAAAUAUAUACAUAGAAAGAUCUCUAUAUCGCAGCUCUGUAUGAUUCUCAGUGCUGUAUGUGGCAGAGGCGCCCUCUGCACCCCUGAGAGUGAAUUGGAGUCUCAC